AUGACAGAUCUCGAAAACUACCCGCUAUUAACCAGUAACAGAAAUUUUGAAUCUGAUCUUGAGGUUGAAUUCUCUCUUCAUUUGCUGAAUACAGAAUCACAGAAACACCAAACCGAAGGAGAAGGAUUCCAAAGGUUUAAUGAGACAGAAACUCAGGUGAAGGAACUGGUCCAGGAAAGCCAGAUUCCAGACCCAUCGCCAGAAGAUAAGGAAGUACCACACAUACCCCUGCCACCCGGGAAGAAAUAUCACUUGUUUGUUUCUUACUGUUCAGAGGAUAAAGAAGAAGCAAGAAAUAUUACCGAACAAUUGACAGAAAGAUUCAACCUUACAUGUAUGAACUGUAAUGAUGAUUUUACACCUGGUAAAAGUAUAGACCAAAAUAUUCACUAUGAAAUGGAGUGCAGCCUUAAGGUCCUCUUACUGCUGAGUACAUCUUACUUGAAAAGGCAUUGGUGUGUAACAGAAGCCCGCGAAGUUUGUCAAUUAUCAUUUACUGAUGUUAAUAAUUUAAAUGUCAUUCCGGUACUUUUAAACCCUGUGCAAGAAUUGCCCCCUUUCUUGAAGUCAAUAGUUUAUAUAGACAAAGUUAUUGAAAAGGAUGUUGCAGCCAAAAUCUAUGAUGCCUUCAAUCGUACAGGAACUUUGGAUCCAUUACAUUUGAACAGAAAAGUUUCCAGACACAACGGUGGUUUGAUAUGCCAAAAAGUAGCAGAAAAAGCCAAAUUUGCUAUCCAUGGACUUGCUUUCAGAUUUUCACCUUUGGAGAAAUAUGAGCAAAGGAAAGCUACUCAGUUUGACAUUAAUCUAAAACAGCUUGAAAACCACUACACCACUCUUACAAAGUCAUUAAAUAACAAAUUCCUGUUCAGGAAUUAUCAAGUUCUUACAACAGUGGAGUGGCGUUGCAUGGCUUUGUUUUUACUAUUUCUAGCAGCUUUUGCCGUUCAGGGCUGUUUGAUAGUCUUCAGUGUAACCUUUAGUUACGAAAAGGAGAAAUAUAAUAUGUUUAAUCUGAUAAUACUAACAGUCGGUUCGUCUAUGGUGAUUUCAAUAUUCCCGAUUGGAUACUUUAUUAUUUAUGUCUGUCGAAGAGUCCUUUCAAAAGGUGUCCACUCAGUAGUGCUUAAACACAAUCUGAUGUUUUACAAGGAAAGUAAAUGUCUUGUGUACUUUGACAACGCAUGCCUUUCCAAACCUACUCUUUAUCUCUACAGAUACGAUACUACAGAAUGCGAGAAACAUUUGAUAUAUCUACUGAAGUCAAAAAAGCCAUCAGGAGACCUGGAAAAAAUCGAGAAUAAAGUAAAAGAUUUAAUUGAAGAGAAACUGGGAGAAUUUCAGAAAACGAAUGCCAUGAAAAACUGGACUAGCUUAGCGGAGAGUGGCAGUAAUCGUCAUCCAACAAGAAAUAACCGAGCAUGUCUUUGUGAAAUGAUUGAAGACUUUGUGAACAAAGUACUUGAUGAUAGAACAGUGAUUGAAGUCUGAUAACCUUAAAUUUAUGAGAUAUUUCAUAAAUUGUAUA